AUGAAUGCUGCUCGUAGGCUGAGACUUCUGCAGCAGGUUGCUCUCAUGGAAAUGGAAGAAGAAGAAGAAGACCGUCUGUUUGCCAAUUAUUAUUUGAACAGAAGGGCACUGCGACCCGGUAGAAAUAGAAGAUACUUGGUCAAGCCCUGGAUAUCCAGAAGGGAGCACCUCGGCCAGUAUGGCACAUUGAUGAGGGAGCUGAGAGAAGAAGAUCCAGAAGCUUUCAUCAACUACAUGAGGCUGCCCAUAGAACUGUACGAUGAAGUCCUGGCUCGGAUCACACCCCGCAUCACCAAACAAGAUACCUGGUGGAGGCAAGCCCUUGAUCCAGGACUGAAGUUUGCCUGUACCAUGAGGCAUCUGGCAUCCGGCGACAGUUACAGCAGCAUAAAGUGGGACUUCAGGGUUCCCAGUAACACCAUGUCAAUGUUUGUCCCUGAAGUCUGCCAAGCCAUCAUUGAUGAGUACGCUUCAGAGGUAAUCGCCUGCCCCACUACCCCAGCGGAGUGGAAGGAAAUCGCAAAUGAAUUUCUACGCAGAUGGAACUUCCGACAUGCGUGUGGUGCAUUGGACGGAAAGCACGUUGCGUGCAAGUGCCCACCAAAUACCGGAUCUACCUAUCAUAACUACGAGGGCUUCUUCUCCAUAGUCCUGAUGGCCUUCGUAGAUGCGGACUAUAAAUUUAUCUGGCUUGAUGUUGGGCCAGAUGGAGCAGCUUCAGACGCACAAAUAUACAACCAGUGUGAGCUGAAAGAAGUCCUGCAGAACAAGACCAUUGGCUUUACUGAUCCUGAGCCACUUCCUGGAGAUGACAGGAAUAUGCCAUACUUCUUUGUUGCUGACAAUGCCUUUCAACUGAGAACUGACAUGAUGAAGCCUUUUCCUUUCCGUAACAUGACAGUAGAAGAAAGGAUCUGCAACUACAGGCUGUCAAGAGCACGCAGAGUUGUGGAAAAUGCGUUUGGCAUAUUGGCUCAGAGAUUUCAAAUACUGUUGCCUAAAGCUCGUGACAAGUGA